UUGUGGUGAGGAUCUCUGCCAAUAGAUGGCCCCGCGCUGUCAGUCUUUUCACACACCAAGUGGCGUGAGGAUGUGUGCGCGGCGUUCCCUACAAUAUCUUUGAAUAUCAAUGAUGCGGGCGGCGGGUUCCCCCCGGCCAGGUGCUCUUGGCGUGAGGGAUGCGCUCCGACCCCCGCCCGGGCAAACCGCCUGACACCCCCGUCGCAGCCCCACACCGGCCCUCCUCGCCGCCACCGCCGCUUCUCCUCACGCAGCAGAGCACCGCUGGCGCCAUCACCACCACCAUCACCAUCACCACCACCACCACCACCACCACCCCCACGAUGAUUUCUUUAAGUAUGUGAUACCAAAUCUGAAUCAAUGAUAAGUGAAAAUCCAUGGAACUGAAGAAAAAUUACAACGUCAGCAGCUUGAAGGACAACGUAAAGCUUCAACACAUAGCUUCAUCGAUUAUAUGCGUUUUAAACGUUAUAUAUUAUUGUAUGUAAGGCACAAAUGUUUCGUUGCGAGUAGCGAAAGUUGUAGAUCUGUCUUUUGCUCACUUUUCAAAGGCAAGAGUUAUGGCUGAAGUCACCUGGGUCUCCAGAUGCUUGCGGGUGUUUGCCAGCCUGUCGCAGGUUGUGUCGUGACCUCACGUCAGGUACCCCACUGGCUCAUCGUCACGUGGUUGCUCCUCUGACAGUCGUAAAUAUCGUUAAGUCAACACAAAGCAAGGGUUUAGUGAAGUAAGUUUUAAAGCAGGACACUGCCAAAGAAUAGACGAGAAGUCAUCGCAAGUAAGGAGGAAAAGUCCCCUAAAGACCCAAGAAUCACGAGUGCACUGAAGACACCGCUGUGGUACUCAAGUGAAGGCCGCUCAGUGUCGCGCGCACAGAAAUGAUGGCACAAAGGAAAUGCAGCAAAAUACACAGUAAAUUAUUAUUGAUGUCCUGAGCCAGUGAGUAAAGAAGAUACAAAGAGACACGGGAAUAAGAAGAACUCGAAAACCGGAGGGACGGAGGAGGAGGAGGAGGGGAAGGCGGAGUACGGGAGACGUACAUCAUGGGAGAGCUUCAGGCGACUAUCGAACUGGCACUUCACAUCCACAAGUUCUACAACGUCGACCUGUUCCAGCGUGGGUACUACCAGCUUCGUUCAUACGUCAGAUCAUCACCCAAACUCCCUGCCAAGAUAGAAAUAAGUCAACCACGCAGCUCCAGUGGUGCUGGGCUGGUGUUCCCUGCAUGUGUGGUGAAUGGUGCAGCAGUCAGUAAGACCUUCCAGAUCCUGUACCGCAACGAGGAGGUUCACCUCGACGACCACGUCCUCUUCAAACUGCACCUCAUUGUUGAUGCUCACAAGGUACAAGAAAUAAUUUUUCUCUCGCUAUUUUUAACACAAGUGGAGCUUAUUUUUGUGUCCAAUAUAAAAUUUAUCAUUCACAGUGGAGGUCGCAGUGGCAAAUCUUGGAGCUCACCUCGUCUCAGCGCCCGCACACAGCAGUCCAACAUGGAGACUAUCUUUUUUGGCACCAUUAAUAACACCAUCAAGUGUGGUGGUGGCGGAGGCAGCAGCAGUGCUUCAUGGAGGUUAGCCCAGGCCCGUGCCACUCACCGCACCAUCUGCACCCUUCUGCUGGCUGCUCACACUGCCCUUGCUGCCCAGCUAGAGACUAUCAUGGCUGUUCUUCCUCCAUGGGUGGCUAGUGCAGGCAAUGCAGGGGCAGCCUCCACAGCUCCUUCUACCCCUCAGCCCACACGCCUCAAAGUGGAUAAUUUGUCUGAAGUGGCCAAGGAGUGUUACUUUGCCCUCAUUGGAGGACAAACACCUCGCUUUGAUCGCCGCCACGCUGAAAGGACAAGGACGGUUGACUGUGAAGAAGAUUUCCUUGUUGUGGCCAACAGUGACAUUGCACAGCUGUGUGCUGAAAACAUCCUCUUAUGGCAGCAUUUCCUCACGGUGGUGAUGAAUUCAGAUGCUGUGAGGCAACACCUGGCCAAGCAGCAUCACGUUCAGCGGGUGAAGAGAUUUGCAGAAGCAUUUUUUGUCAUUGAUAACCCCCGGCCAUCUGCCAGCGGGUGCUAUGACAGCAAUUAUCAGAAUUACGUGUUGGUUUCGGAAGCUGUGAGGCGCUCCCGCUACUUCAACCUGCUGCCGCCGCUGGCUAUAGAGUGCACAGAGAUGGAUGGGGACGCAUCAACACUUCCUGUGAUCUUUGAAGAUCAAUAUCAACACGUUGCUGAGUUUGCCCGUAGAAGAUCCAUUGUUAGCCGUAAGUCAGAAAAUUAUCUCAGUGCAACAGAUAUUCAGAUUGCUGUGGACCAAUUGGAUGGAGAGAAUGUCAAGAGAGAAGUCAUUCCACCAGAUGUGACUCGACCAGAGCCACAGACUCGCAAUGGCAUCAAACCUUUGGCAGCUGAAUCUCAUGUUACAGUCUUAUCGCAGUUGGAGUCUAAGCCAACUCAUAAUCAUGACUCAAAGUCACUUUCAAGCCAAGAGAACAAGUCUCUUGCCAGCACUGUCUUUGAUUCCAAGGCAGCCAGUACCAGUGGCUAUGAGUCAAGAGGAACUAGUAAUACAGAAGGAAAAGCUUCAAAACUUGCUGCCAAAAAUAUGAAAUCACCAUCACUAGGUGUAAAGCCCUCAAUUCAGAAUUAUGUCAUAGAGAAAGAUCCUAAAGGGACACUGAAGAAAGGGAAAGGAGGGGAGGGGAGGUCACGCAGCAAUGAUUCACGGGUAUCAUCAGUACACAGUGGUGGUAGUGGUAGUAGUAAACACACUUUAGGCAGUGGCUCAGAAAGUGAUGAAAAAACUCUUGGUUCUAAGACUUCUAAAGGCUCGAAAAGUUCCAAGGCCUCAGAAGCCUCUGCUAAUAAGGAAGAAACUGAGGUAGAAGACAAACCACCACUGCCACCUCGCACAGACAAGAUGCCUAAGGACUUCAAGCCUCCAAUACCCCCUAAGACGCACAAGCUUCCAAUGCCUAGAAAUAGUUUGAAGGAAAAGUUGAAAAACAAUUUGAAACUAGAAUUACGGUUACCUGCAAGUCAGGGUUCAGCAUAUAAGCGAGCAAAAUAUAAAUUAAAGUUGAUACAAAGAGCACAGCAGCUCAGGUCAAACUCCUCCAGCCAUCACAAAAGCAAAAGGGCACAAGCAAAUGCCAUCGCUGAGAAUGUGGUGCUCCUCAAGUACCGUAAACUAGAGCCUUCACUCAGCAUGCCCUACAACCUUGGGGCUCACACCCCAGGAAGCAGCGGUGGUGGGGACCAAGUCAUGCGGCACUCACAAAGCACACUAUCCAUGCCUUCUUUCCUGUGGGAGGUGGCCACUGCUUCUUCACCAGGUAUCACCGAGUCUAUGCCAGAUCUCCUGGCAACAGAUUCAGAAUCUUCAUCUGAAAUAAAUGCCAAAGGUUCUGUAGCUCCUCCACCCCGGCCUGCACGUCUUGAUCGUAACCCACCUAUUCUCUCCAAUGUUGAGGUUGGGCUUGUGUCUGCCUCUGACUCUACAUUGUUACAAAUUGGUGGUGAAAAAGUAAACCAGAAGCAAUUGAAUAAAAAAGUUACUUCACCUGUGAAAAAGACACCUGACAAUCCUAAGCCUUUAAUCCUUCACCAAGAUUCAUCCUCAAACAGUGACAUAACUUCUGAGCAGAGUGGGUGGGUCUCCAACUCCAGUCGACAGAGUUCAGGUUCCUCAAGUGGUCAGAUUAGUCCUGAUCUGGAUAUAAAACAGUAUCCCAUCAAGGACUUACUUUCUGCAACCUCUACUGUACAAUUUAAAGCCAAUGGAGCUCUUAGUAAUGGUUCAAAUUCCAAUGGAACAAAAAGUAACACUCUCAAGUCUAGUGGAUCUAAAGCUAACUCCUCCAAAAGCAACAGGAACAAAAACAAUGGAGCAAAAGUCAAUGGCCCUCAGAUGCCAAAAACUUCAAUGAGUGAAGUUGCCAGUAAAACUUUACCAGGGGUCAAGUACAAAAACAAGCCUGGGUCAAGGAGCCCAGCCAAUCAUAGAGUUAGUAGGUCUGAAGCUCGUGCACAAGGUCAUAAAGGGAUUGGGAAAGAGACUACUCAGAGAUCUGCUUCCAAUGACCAGCUUCAGAUAAAACAAAGAAAAAGUCCUCACAGAAAAGAGGUUAAAAAGUCUCAGUCUUUACAAAAAGUUAACAAUACCAAUAGAGGUGAUCCCCAUGUGUAUGAAGAAGUGCCCCUUCCUCCACCUCCAAAAGAGUUCCAAGACCCCUUGCCUGGUCUGAGAGAUGCUUUGAGGAGAGAAGGAUAUGCCACCACUGGCAGGAUACCUCGGGAAGAUAGGGGAACUAAGCAUGUCAUCACUGGCUACAAAGACAGACCAAGAAGUGAAAGUCCAAAGACUGAGACUGGAAGAGGGCAGCGUGAUGAUGGGUACAAGAGUGAACGUAGUCAUGCAAGCUCUCAUGCAGUAACUCCUAGCAGACAUAGUGGAGAGUUUGAAUUGGAGGACAUGGCCAACGUGUAUGAGAGUGUUAGUGAGGUCCUUAAUGAUGUCAAAAGGACUUCCAGAAAAGCUGGCCAUGGGCAUGAUAAAUUUAAUUCUCUGCCAUCAAUGAGAAGGAGACACCAGUCUUCUGGUCCUGGACGGCCAGAGAAGAGGGGACCAAGCAGAAAGAUGGCAGGUACUCCUGAUCGCUUAUCAGAACCAACACCCACUAAGAUGAGCCAGCAUCACAUUAAUGGCACUGAGCGAGUUCGCACUCAGUCAGCUCCACCACCCAAUCUUGAGAAGAGCGAUUCCUUGAAAGAAACCUCCAGCCCUCGGGAUAAAGAGAUAAAACCUCUAAGGAGAUUAGAACCUUUAUCAUCAAAAUCUGACCCACUGGCACAACUGGCAGACAGCAAAUGUACUCUGCUUGAACUCUUUCUGGAGCAGCAGGGUGCCAGUGUCUGGGCUCACCGGGAGGCCCAGCGAGAGUUGCUCAAAGCUGCACAAAUGGCUGCCAAAAAAGAAGCACUAAACAAUGAGGCAAGACUCCUACAGGAGGCUGCAAGGAAGAGUGAGGAACAUUCUAAGCUAAACUCAGAUGUUGCUAACAAAUCAGAGCUUGUGAAUGACAAUUUUGAAGAUAACAUGUCAGAUAUUCCACCUCCUCCUCGACCACCUUCACCAAGGGAACGAAGUGAACCCAAGUGCACCUGUCCCUCUGAGCUGAGAAAGGAAAGAGGUCGCUUGGAAGACCCACCAGAUGUCUUACCCCCAAGACUUCAUCCUCCUGUAGCUGAUACUCUGGCAUUUGUUAAAGCAAAAGAAGAGUUCAAACAACAGAUGAACUUCCAAGGAUUACUUUACAGUGAUUUUUCGGGUUUGGCAUCCACCAUUCCUUACUUUCACGUGAGUGAUGACUGCAGAGUGCUGUCGCCUGAUGGUCUGCACCUCAUAGUGUGUGUUCAUGGCCUGGAUGGUAACUCUGCUGACUUACGGCUCAUCAAGACCUACCUGGAAAUAGGCCUGCCAGGAGCCAACUUAGACUUUAUAAUGUCAGAACGUAAUCAGGGAGAUACAUUCUCAAACUUUGAAACGCUGACGGAAGGUCUAGUAACCGAAAUCAUGUGUCAUAUUGAGGCAUACAAUCUCAAUCCCAAACGCAUAUCCUUUGUUGGUCACUCACUAGGAAAUAUAAUCAUCCGAGGAGCUGUGUCUCACCCUCGCAUGAAGCCCUUUCUUCCAAGGCUCCAUACAUUCCUCUCACUCUCAGGCCCUCACUUGGGCACGCUGUACAACAACAGUGGUUUAGUCAAUAUGGGAAUGUGGUUCAUGCAGAAGUGGAAAAAGUCCGGCUCCCUCUUGCAGCUUUCCCUAAAGGAUCGAGUCGACAUCCGCCAAACUUUUCUAUAUAGACUUACUCAGCGGUCGCAGCUUCACCAUUUCCGCAACGUGUUGUUGUGUGGAUCAUCACAGGACAGAUACGUUCCCCUGCACUCAGCUAGAAUAGAACUGUGUCGGCAAGCUGUCAAGGAUAACUCAGUCAUGGGGUCUGCCUAUCGGGAAAUGGUGUCCAACCUGCUGCAGCCCAUCAUCAGCUCCCCGUCAGUCACUCUGGUUCGCUAUGAUAUUCACCAUGCCCUGCCCUCCACCGCCAACUCCCUUAUAGGUCGGGCUGCUCACAUUGCUGUCUUGGACUCGGAGCUUUUCAUUGAAAAAUUUUUACUUGUGACAGGGCUGAAGUACUUUAAAUAAUGCUUAGAUUUAUAAGGUAGUAUUUCAGGUACUGGUAUUUUCUAUAUUUAGGGAUUUAAACCCUUUCUGUAGACAACUUUGGUACAUAGGAUGUAAAAAUUGUACAUAUGGGAGUUUUACAUAGAACUGAACAAGCUUAAUACCUGGUACCUGUGUGAGCACUCUUGGUGUCUUCAUCAAGUGUAGGGGUGACGUGAACUGAAAAUGAAACCAUGAUACUUGGUAGAUAAUACUUGUGAUGUUAUUACUUGAGACAGAUUUUAAUGACUUUAUAUAUAUUUAAUGUUUGCAUAAAAUGUAGGUAAUUUGAUAUGUAUAUAUAUAUAUUCUGUGUAUUUUAAUUAAUUACAUAGGGCAUAUAUUUGAGUUUCACAUUUUGUAAAUAUAUCUGUAAGAGCUUGCUGUUUCAUAUUUUGCAAUUGAAUUAUUCAUAAAAAAUAUAGGAAUGAUUUAUAUCGAGUGUUUAUAAGCCAGUGUUUCAUUACUGUACCAGGUUGGCAUCUGAGAUGUGUGUGUGUCAUCUGUGCCAUAGGGGUCAGUGAGGUCAAGUAAUGACUUGUGCUCCAAAGCAGUGCAGAUUUUAUCAUCACUUCAUUUACAUGUAUAUAUUUUUUUAUUGUAAAUCUUUAGUGCUUGCUUAUGAUAAGAAGAUGUAGUUAAUUUGUUAUUCAAUUAUUGUUACUUGGUGACAGUGUCACUAGAUCACAAGACUACAUGUUCAUUGUACCUAUAAUUUAGUUGGUAUACAGUGAUAUUUCUCAUUACCAGAAUACUUAAUGCAGAUAUUGUUCAUUGUUUGUGAAUGGUUCCAUUCCACAUAGAUAUUAGUAAUGCAAUCAUGAAGAAUUCAAUACAUUUUUUAUAUAUACACAUAUUUAUCAUGGGGAGGAAUGAUUCAUUACCACUGUAUCCUCUUCCAUUUAUGCUUCUCCAUCUAAGGAAAGUACUGAAAGAUUAUUCCAGUUUAUUUUGAUAAUUAGAAAUUUGAUGUUUUGAAGGGAAAAUGCUUACCAAUAAACAUACUAAACAAGAAGCCAGGGAACCUACAAAGCAUUCUCUUCCUUUGUAGUAAGGCACCUUUAGUGAAGAUGUCACCCUCAGGACACAAGUGGCAUUAGAAUUGGCAAACUUUUAAUACUCUUUGUUUGAUCAAGUCAUAGGAAAGAUUCAAGGUUUAUACUCUAUCACCACUGGCCUUGAGUUUAUGAAUUGCUUAGUAGCAUUAUGAAACAUUACAACACUCUCUAGUGCACUUAAAACAUAUUGAGAUUAAAUGGAACAAAUAAUAAAACCAUGAUUUGCACAACAACAAGAAAAAGAUGAGAUCUUUCAAAAAUCAGUUUCUUUCUUUUAUUUUAUUAUAAAUUUGCAUUCUAGAAAUGUUGUAUUUAUAUUUGUAUUAUUAUGAAAUGGAAGGAAGAAGGAACUGGGUACCUGAGUAUGGACAUACAUAGAGCAUAUGAAUGUGUGCUGUAUAUACAUGCAUAAAUGUUCACAUCUAUAUCAUGGAAAUACAGCUGAACUACAAAAUUGGAGAUUUUGAAUUUUAAAACUAACAUAAUAUAUCCCAAAUUGACCCCCAAAAUAAGUGUUGAGUAUAACUGAAGGACAGAUGAGUUAAUGUGUAAUGUUGCCAUUCUGAGGGAAAUGCUUUGUAUGGUUGUAAGAAGCAGUUGACUUUUUUUUCAUGUUUAUUAAUUUAUUCAUUUUUCACAUUAUCUUUCUUCCACGUUCUUGCUCAAGUGAAGAAAACAAGCUAUAAAGAUCACUUGAUAAAAUCUAUCAUUGUAUUGACUUCAUCAGCAUCAUUAGAUGUUAGAUACAUGUAUGUUUAAUAUUAUGGCUAUGUGCAAGUAAUUUGUGUUAUGUGAUACAUAGCAAAAUUUAUUCUUAUAGUUAGAAAAAUUUUUGGUUUGGUCUAUUAAAAAACAAAUAGCAUAUUUUGGGGGUAAUUUUAACAAGAAGCUGCUUCAUUUACUGAAAUUUUUCAUUUGCCUUGUUAUUUCAACAGUCUUAGAUUUAUAUGUAUUUUCAUGUUGAGAGAUAUAAACAGAAACUUUUUUACUUUGGAAAAAUUGUCUUACAAGUCCAACUUAUAGUGUAAAAUUCCUUUCACUAAAAUGGCACUAUUUCCAACAAAGUGAUAUUUGACUACAGCUCUUGCAGCAGUGCAGUUUUUUAUCUUCAUGAAUGUGAAAUAAGUCUUAAACAGUUUCUAAUUUAUGAUUAUGAAAUCAAGGUCUACCAUUUAUUCUGGUAUUUAGAGAUAUCACUGUAUAUUAAUUUACUGUCAUGCAUAAUUUGUAAAAGUAAUGUUAAUACUCACUUCAUUAAUUAAGCUUUUACCAAGCUUCAUCUAGCCUUCCAAUCCCAAAUUUCUAACCAGCAGGUGGAGGUAGUGAUGCCUCAAAAAACCCUGAGGAAAGUGUGUAUGGAUGUUAAUAUGUAAUAUAGCUACUGUUACAGAGUGAGUGUAGGUGAUAUAAAAGAUUGGGGAUCAUGGGAGAGAUUAGAGAAAAAAUUUAAAACAGAUGCUUCAAAAAUUAAAUUAAAAUUUAAUGUGUAUAAAAUUCUUAAGGUAGAAAUUGUUUCAUCUGGUUUUGUUCUGCAUAAAUGGAUGUUGAACAUGAAAAGUGAGUAAUUUGGUAGGCUUUUAAUCUUUGUAGUAAUAUGGGCUUAGUAAUUACAGUGUUAAAUGAAGGUGCUAGCGUAGGUGUGUGGUAGCUAAAAUUAACAUGAAAAUGUUCUACAGGGUCCCUGCUAUUGUAGGAAUUUAUGUGAUGUUGACAGAGGCAAAAAAAAAAAUGCAUUGCCACCUCUCCCCUCCCACCAUGCACUGUUUAUUUAUUUAUUUUUUCAUGGAGUGGUUUUUACUUAUCUUUUGUAUUAAUCAUAUUCACAAGUUGAGUGGUGGAGGGGGACAAGCAAAGUCCUUGUUCACAUAAGUUUAUAUAUAGAUAUGGAAUAUGAAGUUUAGGUGUGUGUGGUCAUUUAUUUAUGUAUUCAUUCACUGAUUUCAUGUGCAGAGAUUACAAAGAACUAGAUUUCAGUAUUAGUGUGGCCAACUCUGAGCAAACCAAAUGUGAGUACAGGUUAUUGAGCUUAUCAAGAUUGAUCAAACCGUAAAUUUGAGUCAAUGAAAAAAAAAUCAGGGAAGAAAUAUGUUGAAUCAGAAAGCAAGUUAUGAAAGUUGUACCUCAGACUGUUAAAUAUAUAGUCAUAAAGCUUGCGUGGUUGGUAGUCAGUGUAGAUAGUUGUGAGAGAUGAGUGGAGUACAAUGAAGUGUUUAAUAUUUUUGUAAUAUGUAUAUUGGUAGAGAAAAUUGUUCACUUGAGUUUUAAAAUGUGAAAUAUGUACUGGUAGCAUAGAGAAAAGCAUCAAAGCCUUGUGUAGGCGUGAAUGUGUGUGUGUGUGUGUGUGUGUGUGUGUGUGUGUGUGUAUGUGUUUGAAUGUGUGUGUAUGUGUUUGAAUGUGUGUGUGUGUGUGUGUGUUACCCCAUUGCUGGAAAGAUUUGUUUUGAAUUAUUUUUUGUGAAGUCCUAAGUGAAUAUUGUACUGCUAUUAUUUGUAUGAGCAGCAACAGGUUAAAGUGCCACUAUACCAACUUCCAAGUUUUACAGUAUUAUAACAUCCAGGGAGUGGAGUUGGAAUAUGGUAUUGUAUACCAAUUCACUUUUGAUCCCAGUAGUGUUAAAAGUUUUCCAGUUCACUACGUAUAGUGAAUCUCAGUGUUUCCUUAUUCCAGCACAACAAACCUUAAGCCAAAGAUUCUCUGUCGUUUAAUGUGACAUGUGUUUUUUCCAUUAAUCUGAGUUGCAGUAAAUAUUUCUUUUUUUUAUACAGUCACAUGAGCUGACAAGAGGUGUUCAUAGAUCAAGAUGGGCAUCAUACGGGAGCAACUCAUUGUCUCAGGCCUUCCACAGGAAGACUAUGUAAAUGGUUUAUAUUUUACAUGUAUUUUAAAAACUAACAUCAAAUUACUCCAUUUACUUUAUUGCAACCCAUUGCUCAAUACAAAGGUAUUUAACAUUUACUUGUGAAUACGUAACUCAGUGUUAAUUCAUCAAUUUUGUGGUAGAAACUAAUAAUGAUAUAGCUUUACUAUUUAUUAUCUGACUUUUGGAGCAAUAAUGAUUGCUUGUUUUAAAUUCCUUUUAAAAAUAAAUAAUCUUAUGUACACUGCCAAUUAGGUGUAGGCCAGUGCAAGCCAAGUAUUGAAGGUUCAUUUAGCAGCUCCUCGUAAAUCUCCCAAUUGGUUUUGUUUGGACUAGCAAAUUGAACCAAACUGUGAUGUUGUCAAGCAUAGGUAAGACUGUCAAAACACUUUCAAUGAAACCAACAUGUUUUAAUAAGAACCUCUUUCUCAUUACAUGUUACAUUUGGAAAAUAACAGUUGACAAAGUACGCUGAUGCAGCUUGUCAGAAGCUGCUUCAUAAUAUAAUUGUCCCAGUCUGUGGACAUAAAGUACCGUCAGUCAUGUGCACUAAAAUUCCCAAGCUGCACCCAUGGUCCUUUACAACAACAGAAUUCAGCAAUUACUACAAUAUUAUUAUUCUUAUUGUUAUUAUCAUUAUUAUUAUUAUCAUUAUUUAUUCAUUUAUUUUUUUUUGUAUGUGUGUGGGGGUGCCUACCUAGCACAAGCCAGUGGAGUAGGAGUGCAUCAGGCACAUGUACGUUUACAAGUUCCCAAGUCAGCCCAUCACAUCAAGCAGAUGUACAAAACUCUCUAGUCAUGACCUCACUGCAAUAACACAAAUGGUUGUGGUGGGAGGUGGAGGCUUGGUGGUGAGGAUGAGUGAUAACUUGACUGAUCACCCCACAAUGGUGGGGCUCAACCCUUCCAUGUGUCUCCCUCAAAUUUCACUCAAAUUGUGAUAUUCACAAUAAAGUUUCCUAUUGA